CGAGUAUAAAGAUCGCAGACAUUGCCCCCCUCAGGCAAUCGUCGGCGGCGGUCUGAACGAGUCCCUGCAUCGCCAACUACACCCUGCCUGCACUAGACACAAGCCAGAUGCGAGCUCGACCGCAACCUCCCUGAGCACCUUGAGACUUAUACUAAUAGGUUCCCCCUUCUUGACAUCAUCACACCCUUAGCCGCGGCAGGCUUACGACGACUAUUCGACAGCAGCUCCUGCGUCAUUUGGCUUCUCCAGCCAAAGCCUAGCCAUCCUCUUGGACCCUCAAUUCGGUUUUGCCAAGAACACCGCCAAGACCUGCCAGCGGCAGCAAUAACGACUAUACAUACAAAGAAUAACACCACUCGCGAGGGACUCAGACCCCCUCUACACACCCAAGAUGACCCGUCGCGAUAUCCUCGAAGAGCCUCCGGCGUAUGACACGCUCUUCGACACACGCGAACAGCUCCCAAACUAUGCGAGCAUCGCACCACGGCGGCAGGAGAGCCCGUGCUACUACCAGCCCACGGGAGCUCCCACUGCCACUACCGCCGCCGCCGCCACCACUUCAUCCUCCUCAUGCGCCUCCUCUUCUUUCUCGCAGCACGAGCCACGCCGGGGCAGCGACACGAGCACGUGCUCCUCGUCCUCCUCCUCCUCCUCUUGCUCUUCCGCAGCGGACAAGCCAGAGAAGCGCAAGAAGAACAAGGACAGCAGCAGCAAGAAGGAGAACAGCUUCCUCUCCAAGUGGCGCGCCGAUCUCGAGGAGGACCGCGCCCGCCGGGCCCGGCGCGUCGUGCACAUCUCAGCCACCGAGGCGGAUCGGAUCAUGGGGCUGAACCAGAAACCCAGCCCAGGGAGCCGCGAGGUGCGCUGGCGGGUGUACUACGAGUGCCAACCCUCAUCCGAGAAGAGGCGGCAGCAAUGAGCAAGGAGCGACAUCAAGACAAGAAGAGCGAAUCCGGCAAGGCAGCGCGAAACCGAUAAUGAAGAGGGAGGAGGCGGAUUACUGAGUCGGAGAGGAAGAGGAGGAUAUCGCGGGGGAUGAGAUUGUCGAGCGAAUUGCUUGUUUUUGUGUUUCCUUUGUACAUAUACCCUGGCCUUGGAGCCACAUAUCCUUACGUAGCAUCAUCGCUUGUUAUUUUCUAGUUCAUGAUACCCGAAAUUGAUUUACUUGUUUCUGUCAGAUCAA